UGCCCAAACGCACACACGCGCCGCCUGUUCGCUGUCCUGUCCUCCGCCGGCCGCCGCCGUUCUGCCUGGUCUGCCCCAGCCGCUUCGGUCAACCGCGACCUGCCGCCGUUCCCCGGCCCCUCGCCAGUCCGCCUUCUCGCCCGUCAUUUUUGGCCCCGUCCGCCGGGCUCCUGCCGCCGUGCCAGGUGCCACCUGGUACCAGGACUGCCGCCCUGCUACCGCCGGCCAGGCACCGACACCCGACCCCGAGGAACGCCGGGUAGAGCACGCUGCUCGCCUCCUGCCGCCGUCCCACCUGAUCGUUGAGCAUUGAAGUUAAAUUCUACAUCCAUCCACGACCUAGGCAUGGCAGCUGCCAAGCCGGAGGUGGCCGCCAUGGCGCAGCGUCAGGUGGGUUCGGCGGAGGAGGGGGAGGAGCAUCGGCUGCGGGCGGCGCUGCGCCACCUGCAGGCGGAGGCCGGAGUGCUCGAGCGCCUGGUCUACAAGCACCGGAACCAGCACCGCGGUGACGCCUACUUCCAGUACCUCCUCAAGGCAGGGUAAGAGGAAAGCCUGGUGCAAACCAUAGCCAAUAUAAGAGGCUUUUGGGGAUUGCCCGUUUGCUGUCCCAGGUGUGUUUUGUUGUCUGUUGACACUGAUUGCAUUUUGCAAAAUAUCCUAUUGCAGCUGAAUCAAAUAUUUUGAUGGAACCAUAAAUGCAAUGUCACCGUUGAUAGAGCACAACCUUUGUUCCUUGUGGUUGUUUUCAAGUAACGAGUUACACAAUAUUGAAAUUUGAAUCUGUGAAAGUCUGCCUAUAUUGCCUGGUUGUUUUACUUUUGUUUAGCUAACUAGGGUACAGCAGAAAAGGGUUGUGAUUAUCCCUGCACGUUUGCAAGAUUUCCGAUGUAAUUUAGCAUAAACCCUUAUAUGGUACAUGAAGCUCAUUACCCUAGAAAUUCUAUAUUUUGUAACUGCAUGAUACAUACUUCUGGAUGAGCUGUUCUAGUUUACAGAUCAUUCUUGAUCAACUUCGAGACAGGAGAUAGCUAACUUGGUUUGAACACUAAUGCUUUCUGUAUUUUGUGCAUAUGUCUGAACCUGUUAUGAAGGGAGCAGUGUAUCCUUUUUUUUGUUUUGUUGUUUUCUUAGCAAAUAAAACAAGGUGUACACCCACACUUGGCUUGCCUUAGGUAAAGCAUGUACUCCCUCCGUCCCAUAAUGUAAGAUGCUUUUUGACACUAUGUAGUGUUAAAAAAUGUCUUUGUGUACAUCAUUUUACUCUUUGUGUACCAAAAAGGAAAUAAAUCUCAUAUUAACUUUCAUUCUGAGUUGAUUGGUACCUAUCCAAAGUUCCUUAAUCCAUACUACAGUCAGAUCAGCUUUUUACUUGCUAGAUCUUUUUUCGUAGAACUUUGCACUGCAGUGCUUGCUUUGCUUGCACGAGUGAGGGUCCUAACCCAACAGAUGUUACUUGAUGUUGUAUCAGUAUACAACAAGGUUACUGAUCUUAGGGAUAAAAAGCAGGCUGUUAAGAUCAGUAUUGAUAAAGUGCAGGCUUUCAGAGAGUACUACCCCUCGAGCAACGAUCCCAGUACUAUACUGGAGUGUGUAUGGGUGAAAGAUAAAUUUGUUUUGCAUGAAAAGACAAAAGCUAGCAGUCAGAAAACCCAAGAUGAGGAUCUGAAGUCAUGCACUCCAGAUUCAUCAAUCCAGUAUGAGACCCUUGGACUUGUUAGUGAAGAGAUGGAAAGCCUUGAUGGAGCAAACACCCCAGCCAAGCAACAACAUGAUGCUUCUCUGGCUGACCAACCAGAUAAACCCACCCAUUGCAGCGAUGCUGGAGAUUCUCACAGCGGGAGGCAACUACCAGAUGAUCAAAACACUCCGGGUUCUCUUCUUGGCAUGCCCGCUGCUUCGCCGACUCCAUGCAGAGAUGUCAAGCCUGAUACGAGGAAGAGAGUGGCAUUCAUCGCGGUGGGGAAAACAAAAGUCACCGUGACACCGCCUGAAACAUCAUCAUCCGUAGUUGCCAAGAAGCAAAGAGUGGACACGAUUCCACAGACCGCUGCAGAUCCUGCUUUGUAACUCUGAAAGAAUAACCGGGUCGGCCUGAUCAAUGUGUUCUCGAUGCUUUGUUGCAUUCUUAC